AAAUAGGUUGUCAAAUUCCUGCUCCUAACAUCGUAAUAUUAAAUCCUGGAGAUAAUCCAAGCAAUACUAAGGAUAUUUAUCACGCAGCACAAAUGUAUUAUAAUGAUGUUGAAAUAAUUGGAAGUCAACAUUUGGAUAUAAACGACUUACCAGUUUAUGUGAUGUAG